AUGGCUCUGCAGCUGCGUCCUCGGAAUAUCCGGCGACGGGUGCGGCAAUUGGCAAAGGUGGCGGUGGUCAUGGUCGGCUGCACGGCUGGCCAAAUGGUAAUGACUUACCGUGUGCUAUCAGAUCCUACGUCGGUCUUUCCCAACUUGGUCGAAGCGUUUUCCCCAUCCAACUCGUACUCAUGCAAGAAAUUAGCAAGCUGGAAGACAAGCAGUGAAAUCGUGCUGUACAUCGCGGCGCUAGGCUACAUCUUUGUGUCGCUUGCUAUCGUCUACGACGACUACUUUGUGUCGACGCUAGAAAAUAUCUCACAGAACGUGGCGCUGUCGCCUGAUGUGGAUGGAGCCACUUUCAUGGCCGCCAGUUUGUCCGCCCCCGAGCUUUCCGUGUCGCUAGUCGACAAUGUGUUUAGAAAGCCUACGGAGAGCAUGGGCGUCGGCAUUAUCAUGGGCUUAGAUCUUUUUAACAUCCUCAUUAUCAUCUCGCUGUCUGCAUUACGGGCGGGCAAGUCAUCUUCUACGCGACUCGCUCUGAUACACGUAGUGUUGACUUUCGCGCUCCUGGUGCGAGCGCCGAGAGGUGGAUCAAAGCAAGAAAAGAAGAGAAAAAGAUUUGCACUCGCGUCCGUAUUGACGUCGGAUGCCACUCCAACAGCGGACGUGACUGUGUUCAAGGGAGACGUAUCAGAGUCGAUUGUGACCACUGAAGACGUACAUAAGUCGAUGGACGAGAAGGGGCAUUUGCACACUGAACAUGAAUGUCUCGGUGAACAGGACGUAACGAUGCUUGGAUCACAGCAGCACAUGUUCCAGGCGCAGCAGCCGCUACAGCAUAUGGUUAUCAUAGACUAG